AUGGGUUCGAACUGUGGCUCAGAAAAUUGGCGAUUUGUGAAGCAAGUUCUCCAAGGACGAUGGUUUUCAAUAUUCGCUGCAUUUCUCAUCAUGAUCGGUUGUGGUUCGACUUACUUGUUUGGAACAUACUCAAAAGUUUUGAAGACCAAAUUUGAUUUCAAUCAAACCCAACUUAGCUCCUUGGGUUUUGCUAAAGAUCUCGGUGCCAACCUUGGCGUUUUCGCCGGACUUUUUGCCGAGGUGGCUCCACCGUGGAUGCUUUUCCUUGUAGGUUUAACCCUCAACUUCUUUAGCUACUUCAUGAUUUGGCUCUCCCUUUCUGAGUACGUCCCAAAGCCUGACUUGUGGUUAAUGUUUAUUUACAUUUACAUUUCCGCUAAUGCACAAAACUUUGCCAAUACGGCCGUCAUGGUAACUAGUGUUAGAAAUUUUCCUGAUCAAAGAGGCGUCGUUUUAGGGCUUCUCAAAGGCUUUGUGGGACUUGGCGGAGCAAUUUUAACUCAAAUCUAUUUUAGCAUUUAUGGUCAUGAAGAUCCUAUUAGUCUUGUCCUUCUUCUUUCAUGGCUACCCUCCCUUGUAUGUUUCUUGUUUUUUCUCUCAUUUCGAACAGUCAAAGCCCGUAAACAUCCACAAGAACUUAAAGUGUUUUUCCAUUUACUCUACGUCUCAUUAACAAUGGCGGCCUUCAUCUUGUUCCUCACCAUAACCCAAAAGAGCACUCCUUUCACUCAUGCUAAAUAUGUUGGUGGAGUGUCCGUUAUCGUAGCCUUACUCUCUCUCCCCUUGUUAAUCGCUGUUAAAGAAGAACUAUUUCUCUUCAAACUCAAUAAACAAACCAAAGAUCCUUCAGUUGUAGUAUCAAUUCCUGUUCAAAAACUUGAAGAAAUUGUCGAAACUUCUUCGUCCCCGUCUCUCUCGGACAAUUUAUCUAACAAGCCACAAAGAGGAGAUGAUUUUGGCAUCUUACAAGCUUUGUUAAGUAAAGACAUGGCUCUUAUAUUCAUAGCAACAGUUUCGGCUUGCGGUUCAUCAGUUGCUGCCAUUGACAAUCUAGGCCAAAUCGCUGAAUCACUUAACUACCCAUCUAAAUCCAUAAGCGUCUUCGUUUCAUGGAUUUCCAUUUUCAAUUUCUUCGGCAGAGUUUGCUCCGGUUUCGUCUCCGAAACACUCAUGACCAAAUACAAAUUACCUCGUCCUCUUAUAUUUGGGCUUACCCAAAUCAUAACUUGCAUUGGUCUAGUCGCCAUUGCCUUCCCUUUUAACAACUCAGUGUAUGCAGCUUCAUUGAUCAUUGGGUUUGGUUUCGGAGCUCAAACUCCAUUGCUAUUUGCUUUAAUCUCUGAUCUCUUUGGGCUCAAACAUUACUCAACUCUUCUGAAUUGUGGGCAAUUGGCAGUUCCAUUUGGCUCUUAUAUAAUGAAUAUUCAUGUAGUAGGGAGGUUAUAUGAUAGAGAAGCUACUAAAAUUGGUAACGUGAAGACUGGGAAAGGAUUAACAUGCACUGGAAUUCAUUGUUUUAGUGAAUCUUUUGGGAUUUUGGUAAUAGUGACAUUGUUUGGAGCAAUGGCUUCGUUUGUUUUGGCUUAUAGGACAAAAGAAUUUUAUAAAGGGGAUAUAUAUAAGAGAUAUAGAGAUGAUAAAAUGUGGACGACUCAAUCGGAUGUCGAAUUAUUUUCCUCAUCCGAUGGUAAGAAGAUGAAGAACUGUGACGAAGAACAUGACCAUGAUGGAAAUAAAUUUAUCUCUAAAUAG